ACUUCUGCGCCGCUGACUGUGCUGUGCGCGGCCGGUGACGAGCGACGUCGUGCUGUCUGCGAUAGCUGUUUCUAGGUCAGCGAGGAGGAAGAAAGCCGGCCCUUUGCAUUGGCCCGCACCGCCCCCUUCCCCUUUACAACCUCCUGCGCCCUCCCUGAAACACGGCCCCCCCCUCCUUCCAAAGCAACGACAGUGCCGCUGGUCUAUUCCGAGCACCUACGUGCCGGAGGACUCCAGUCGCAAAGAAGCCUCGCAGGCGGCUGAAGGGCGCAGUUGGGCGUAACUGCAGGGACGCGUCCUAGAGCGGUCACCGUCACAAGGCGCGGACGAUCUUAAAAACAAGAACCAGCGCCGCACGACAGGAUGGGGCGCGACGACGAGUUCUUCCCGCCGGGCGACGACGGCUACGAGUGCGGCCUGGACGAGGCGACCAAGGCCGUCGCUCUGGCCGAACUGCGAGAAGACGAGGCCACGCGUUCCCGCGCGAUCGGCCAGCUGCGAGAGUGGGUCCUUGCGCACCCGGCGAUACGCAGGUGCCGCACAGACUCCGUGUUCCUGCUGCGGUUCCUGCGCUCCAAGAAGUUCAGCGUGCCGCUGGCCCAGGAGAUGCUGGAGCGCUACCUCACGGUGAGGCAGCUCUACCCGCUCUGGUUCCGGGGACUCAGCGCGGACGAGCCCGUCGUGCGGGAGAUACUGCUGGCCGGGUACCUGGUGCCCCUCCCGGAGCGAGACGACCUCGGACGCAGGGUGGUCCUAAGACGCGCAGCGAGCAUAGACCCCAGCAGGCACACCUCGGCACACGUGGCCCGGGUCCACGCCCUCGCCAUGGAGUGUCUGCUGGAGGAGGAGGCCAGCCAGGUGAGGGGCUUCGUGCAGCUCAACGACGAGUCGGGGCUCAGCGCGCGCCACCUCUCCAUGUGGUCGCUCGCCGACAUCGCCCGCAUGACCAAGUGCUUCCAGAAAUCUUUUCCCAUAAGACAUAAAUCUUCCAAGUUUUUGUGUCUUCCUCAUUACGCCAGUAAAAUCAUGGAGUUUUUCAUCUCGCUGCUAAGCGAGAAAAUGAGAUCAAGGAUUGAGAUUUUACCAAAUAUGGAAGAUCUUCGUAAAGUAAUAAACCCUAAGAUCCUUCCAAAAGAAUAUGGCGGCGAAGUGCCGCUGGAUCAAAUGAUAAACGUGUUCCUGGCGAGGCUGGAGGCUGGGAGAGACGCGCUGCGCUCGCUGGACGACACGGACAUAGACCUGGACAGGAGGUCGCCGGCGGCGGCGGACCUGGAGGGCGAGCUGGCCGGCGUGGCGGGCAGCUUCCGGCGGCUGGAGGUGGACUGAGCCGUGGACCAGGGCCUGGUCCACACACCCCCUCUUCUCUUCUUCACCAGGAACUAACUGCAAGCGACCUCUGAACUGCCCACCUUCAACCAGUGGCGUAGCCAGGAUUUGUGUAUGGGGGGUGUUAAGAAGCAUGGCCCCCCCUCCCCCCGUAUUAAAGCAGGGGGUCCCCCGGGAAAAUUUGGAUUUUAAGGUGUGAAAUAGUGCUAUUUUAGCAGUUUUCGGUACUUAAAUUUAAAUAUUAUAAUGAUAAAAAUUUUAUUAAAUUUAAUAUGAAAUUUGUUUGAGUGAUGAAUAAGAAAUUAAUUAAAGAUUUGGUGCUAAGGGGGGGGGGGGUUUGAACCCCUAAACACCCCCCCCCCCUGGCUACGCCCCUGCCUUCAACUCACGAACAACGCUGGUUCACGAAUAUUACCCAGGGAUCUCCGUACAUUUACGGACACUUGAGUUCACAUUUCUAUGGUGUUAUGGAAGAGAGGGUUAAGUCAAAAAACAUUAAAAUUUUUAAGAUAGGUGGAAGAAAGUCUAAUAUUAUUUUCACGAUCAAAUAUUAGUCGUUAUAUUAUUAAUUAUUGAUAUCUUAUACAGGCAACACAAAACUACAAACCAUAUAAAGUGUCGAAAGGCAUAUCCUUCAAAUAACCCUUGACUUUCUUCCAUCUCUCUUAAAAUUUGAUGUUUUUGAUUUAACCCUCUCUUCCAUAACACCACAGAUUUGUUUAGAACAUGAAUCCAAAAAUGAUAUUCUUGGUUUUACUAACAAAACAUUAAAAAAAUUUUUUUUGUUCUACAGCAAUAACAAUUCUACUUUCGUUUAGUGUAUGUUCACCCGUGUUAACGAAACAUACAUCUCGGAAGUCGAAAUAACGGCGUUUGUAGUUUUCUACGAAGAUUUGAGUUGUUUGAAAAUUACCAAGAAGUCGUUAAAAAGACCGUGAUUUGCUGUAAAUUUUAAACAGUGUGGGAUAGACUCCGUGAUCCUCUAUGCUGGGGCGCAAAUAUGGAGAAUUCGCGAAGGGAGUCUCUAUCCCUGGGUAGGGUGCUUGAAUGUUCUACACUGCCCGUAUGUUGGCCUAUAUGCAUGCAAUAAGAAGAAAACUUAAAAAUAUAUAGAAAGUUUUCCUCAGAACAGUUUUGACGUUUACGUCAAUCAACCCCGGUUCGGGUCGUUUUUUAAGUAUUAAUUUUUAACGUCAUUUAAGUUUUAUAUCUCGAAAAUAAUUUUCUUAGAUGUUUUAGAAGUCAUAUUUGGUACUUAAUGUAAUGUAUGAAUGUCACAAAACUAAGAAUACGUUACAUUAAAAACAAUGAAUGAGUUUUAAUGGUUACGAAGUAGUUUUUUUCACCUCAAAAGAAUUUAAAAAAAUUAGUACAGUUGAGUUCCUGAAGAAUAUAAUUAUUCAUCACAAAUAACAGGUUUAUCAGACUGUUUGAAGAACUUGAAUAGUGUGUGAAGUAUCGUUCAAAAACCAUUAAAAAUGUGAUUGAAUUCAGUCUUUGAAGUGCAUUCACACGAAAUUUUGUAUUCAAUGAAUUUAAUUUAAAAACAUUUUUGAUCGGGUAAAAAAGGCCUUUAAUUAUUAUUGUGUUUAAAAGAAGAGUUAAGUAUCAAUUUUUCUUUGGGUGUACAGGACUAAAGGUUGAAAAGCACUUUCAUCUCCAUACUACGGAAAGAAACGGAAAAGGAAAAAAAAAAAAUAAAAAAAAAAAACAGAGUCACAGUCUCAGCCCCUAUCUUCGAGCAGAACAGCAGUUUUCAAAAUCACGUUUUUUUAAAGCCCUGAAAACAUUCCAUCGAUUUUCUGAGUCGUAGCUCGGACGCUCAAAGCUGUGCAAGAUUUUUUUUUUUAACUUCGAAACAUGUGCACUUCGUACGUCAAAAAAACUUUUAGAUUUCAAGAAAUCAAUCGACAAUCCAUUUAUUAACAUCGGACUCACCUCUAAAUGGAUUGAACCAGGUUCACUCCAGUAUUCUCUCUGUAUGGAUUGAACCAGUUUUUUUUAUUGCUUUCUCACGUCUGCCCAAACAAGUCCAUCGAAUGACGCAUCACGCUUUAAGCUGGGCGUCAGCACACGUGUCAACUUUCAUUUGAUCGCGACCAACCUUGCUGAGUGUUCACCAGACAACAAUCUUUCCCAUUCAUUAAUUAGCCCCAUUAGUAAUUCGUUCAUAAUUAUUAGCAAUGGUAUCCUUGGGAGGGGAUCGUGAAAUCAAAAUUGAAUUUUAAAAUUAUAUUUAAAUUAGCCUGAGUUGGAAUGAUACAAUUUUAAUAGGUGUAAAAUGAAAGAUACAGAAAACUUUCUUUGUAAACCGUAAACAAAUUAUACACAUUUUAUUUCAGCUUAAACAUUAACACGAAGGGUAAUUAUUAUUAUUUUUUUUUAAUGUUUGUUGGUUCUGUCCUAGAAACUAGAAUGUAAAUUAAAUAUAGGGAUAUUAAUAUUGCCAAAUAUAACCAAUAAAUUGCAAUUUAAAUUAAAUAUGCACUUAGACAUUGUAAGUUGGAGAUAUUUUCAGUUUUCCAACCAGUUAUAACUAUACGAUGUUAGAGUAUUAUUAUGAAGAAAAUAUAUUUCUUGUUUCAACUGUGUUUGUUGUACAUGUUAUCGUUAAAAUGACAAGUAAAUAGUAUUUAUGUGAAUACUUUUUAUGUAUGUGAAAAAAUUACGUUUUUAUGAUAAUAUUAUAAUUUAUUAAAUGUAUUUUUUUCCAGUGACACUGUAUCAUACAAAAGUUUUUACUUUCAAAUAAGUAAAAAUAUUAUGCUGGUGGUGAAACGUUACCAAAUAUAUUUUAACGUAAUUUACUAGAGUAAGCAUUUACAUGGAUUAGGAAAUGUUAAACUAUUAUAUUUCGUUAGCAAAAAGUUUGAAUGUUUUGUGUUUAUUUAGAAAUAGUGAUUAUAUGUUCGACAGUAACGAUGAUAUGAUUGUUAUAAGUGUGAUGAGUCAACGCUGUCGGUGCUACUGCAUAAAUUCGAAAACAUUGAAAUGUUUUAUAAGAGUGUAAAACUUUGUACUUGAUAAAUAUUUGCAAUAAAUAAAUGCAAUAAAAUAGA